UGCUGGCUAAAGCAGGUGUCGGAUUGCAGGGCGCUCGCGGAUAUUCCGGAAUUGCAUUGAGCCCGGGAGGCUCUCUCAGGGUACGGCUACAGGUCACCUUUUUCUCGGACAGCUUCCUAAGCCGGCGGGGACGCACUGAGUGAAAAUGGUCCAUCAUUCAGGCUCGAUUCAGUCCUUUAAACAGCAAAAAGGUAUGAAUAUAAGCAAGAGUGAGAUAGCAAAAGAAACUUCAUUAAAACCAUCUCGGAGAUCCCUGCCUUGCCUGGCCCAGAGCUAUGCUUACUCAAAGAACUUGAGCCAAUCUACCUCACUCUUCCAGUCAACUGAGAGUGAAUCUCAGGCUCCCACUUCUGUAACCUCAAUCCCUGCUGACAAAGCAGAGCAAGUUAACACUGAGGAAGGCAGAAAAGACUCUGUGCUCAGAUGUUCUUUUGCUGACCUCAGUGACUUUUGCUUGGCCCUAGGAAAAGAUAAGGAUUACACGGAUGAAUCAGAACAUGCUAAUUAUGACCGAUCUCGCCUCAUUAAAGACUUUGUCCCCCAAAAUAAUUCUGAACCCAAGCCCAGAUUGCCUAAGAAUGACAUGAAUUACAUAGCAUCCAGUGGACUUCUAUUCAAAGAUGGCAAAAAGCGGAUUGAUUACAUCCUGGUUUAUAGAAAGUCAAAUAUACAGUAUGACAAAAGAAACACAUUUGAAAAGAACCUCAGAGCAGAAGGCUUGAUGUUAGAAAAGGAGCCAGCUGUUGCAAACCCUGAUAUCAUGUUUAUUAAAAUUCAUAUUCCAUGGGACACGCUGUGCAAGUAUGCAGAGAGGCUGAAUAUCAGGAUGCCCUUCAGGAAAAAAUCCUAUUACACUGACCAGAGGAGCAAAUCAAUGGGCAGGGUGCAAAAAUAUUUUAGAAGAAUCAAAAAAUGGAUGUCCCAAAACCCCAUGGUUCUUGACAAGUCAGCUUUCCCAGACCUGGAGGAGUCAGACUGCUAUACUGGCCCCUUCAGCCGUGCACGAAUUCACCACUUCAUAAUAAACAAUAAGGACACCUUCUUCAGCAAUGCUACUCGAAGCAGGAUAGUCUAUCACAUGCUGCAGCACACCAAAUAUGAAAAUGGAAUAUCAAAAGUGGGUAUCUGUAAACUUAUAAACAAUGGUUCAUAUAUAGCAGCUUUUCCCCCACAUGAGGGAGCCUACAAGAGUAACCAGCCCAUCAAAACCCAUGGACCUCAGAAUAACAGACAUCUAUUAUAUGAGCGCUGGGCACGCUGGGGAAUGUGGUACAAGCAUCAGCCCCUGGAUUUAAUCAGGCUAUACUUUGGUGAGAAGAUUGGGCUAUACUUUGCUUGGCUGGGGUGGUAUACUGGAAUGCUGAUUCCUGCAGCUAUUGUUGGCUUGUGUGUUUUCUUCUAUGGAAUAUUAACAAUGAAUGCAAGUCAAGUAAGCCAAGAAAUUUGCAAGGCCACUGAAGUCUUCAUGUGCCCUCUCUGUGACAAGAACUGCUCACUGCAGAGACUCAAUGAAAGCUGCAUUUAUGCCAAGGUAACAUAUCUGUUUGAUAAUGGAGGGACAGUCUUCUUUGCUAUUUUUAUGGCAAUAUGGGCCACAGUCUUCCUGGAGUUUUGGAAAAGGAGAAGAAGUACACUGACCUAUACUUGGGACCUUAUUGAAUGGGAAGAAGAGGAGGAAACACUUCGUCCCCAGUUUGAAGCAAAGUAUUACAAGAUGGAGAGAGUGAAUCCCAUCAGUGGAAAACCUGAGCCUCAUCAGCCUUCCUCAGACAAAGUCACUCGGCUUCUUGUUUCUAUCUCAGGAAUAUUCUUCAUGAUUUCUCUGGUGAUCACUGCAGUGUUUGCAGUCGUGGUGUAUCGCCUGAUUGUCAUGGAACAGUUUGCAUCAUUCAAGUGGAAUUUCAUCAAACAACACUGGCAGUUCGCAACUUCUGCUGCUGCAGUCUGUAUCAAUUUUGUGAUCAUUAUGGCGCUGAAUCUGGCUUAUGAAAAAAUUGCUUACCUUCUCACUAAUUUAGAAUAUCCUCGAACAGAAUCUGAAUGGGAAAACAGCUUUGCUUUGAAGAUGUUCCUCUUCCAGUUUGUCAAUUUAAACAGUUCUAUCUUCUAUAUUGCUUUCUUUUUGGGGAGAUUUGUAGGCCAUCCAGGAAAGUACAAUAAACUUUUCAACCGGUGGAGACUGGAGGAAUGUCAUCCUAGUGGCUGUUUGAUAGACCUUUGCCUCCAGAUGGGAGUUAUCAUGUUUUUGAAGCAAAUAUGGAACAAUUUCAUGGAACUGGGAUACCCGUUGAUCCAGAACUGGUGGUCACGACAUAAAAUCAAGCGGGGAAUACAAGAUGCUUCCAUACCUCAGUGGGAAAAUGAUUGGAAUCUACAGCCCAUGAAUAUUCACGGACUGAUGGAUGAGUACUUAGAAAUGGUUUUGCAGUUUGGUUUUACCACCAUCUUUGUUGCGGCUUUUCCUCUGGCCCCUCUUUUGGCUUUGUUAAACAAUAUCAUUGAAAUCAGGCUGGAUGCGUACAAAUUUGUCACCCAGUGGCGGAGGCCUUUGCCAGCCAGAGCAACCGACAUAGGUAUCUGGUAUGGAAUUCUUGAAGGAAUUGGUAUAUUGGCUGUGAUUACCAAUGCGUUUGUAAUUGCUAUUACAUCUGAUUACAUCCCACGUUUUGUCUAUGAAUACAAAUAUGGCCCCUGUGCAAGUCAGUUUGAAUAUAGUGAAAGUUGUUUAACAGGAUAUGUCAACAAUAGCCUAUCCUUCUUUGACCUGAGUGAGCUUGGCAUGGGAAAAUCUGGUUAUUGCAGGUACCGAGACUACAGAGGUCCUCCUUGGAGUUCCAAACCCUAUGAAUUUACCCUACAAUACUGGCAUAUCCUCGCUGCUAGAUUGGCCUUCAUUAUUGUGUUUGAGCACCUUGUUUUUGGAAUCAAGUCAUUCAUUGCCUACCUGAUUCCAGAUGUACCAAAGAAUCUAUAUGACCGAAUACGACGGGAGAAGUACUUAGUCCAAGAAAUGAUGUAUGAGGCUGAACUAGAACAUUUGCAACAACAACGGAGAAAAAGUGGUCACCCUGUUCACCAUGAAUGGCCUUAGUUGAUACCUGUUGUCCAGCAGGGGCAAUACCAUUAGUGGGCAUGAUGGCAACUUCAAAUUCUAGGUGGGAUCUAGGGGGAAGGCAUACCUGGCAAAACAUAUGUGUAAUAUGUUACUUGGAAAUGCAUCACAGCCAUCUCUGGGAUUUGAAAUAUCCAAGCUUCUAGGGAAGAAAACAAAUGACCCAUGACCUUAAAAAAAAUGGUUAAAUUGACAUUGCAGGAAGCCAGGAUCUAAUUCUCAGAACCAGCCUCAGGGAGUUGUGUGUUUGGAAACCUCCACCUUCCAUCAGCUGCAGUGUAAUAGGAAGGGUGAUGAUGAGGUUUCUAGAGACAGAUUUCCAUGUAAAUGUACACAAGCCAGGCAUGACUUAAAGUAUCAUGUGGUCCUCACCCACAUACUAAUCUUUGGAUGUCUUUGGAACCUUAGGCUGAGUUGAGAUACUUACAAGAAAUGGCAAAUCAAUUAUUACCUUUGCUGCCUGAACUCCAUGUCCCUUCAGCUUACUGUUUCAUAGAAAUUUCCCUUAUUUCUUGGUGAGAUUUUGGAUCUGUGCCACAGGGAAUUUAUGCUGCUUUACACUGACUAUGCAGUUGAAGAGUUGCACAUCUUUAGUAGUCAAACCAAAAAUCUAAGACUCCAAAAAGAAUACCAUUCAUUGAAAUAAUAUUCUAUUGCAUUGGCUACAUUCUAAUCUGUUUUAUCACUGGCAGAUUCAGUUUUACUGCAUUUCUUUUUUUUUUUUUUGCUAAACGCCAAUAGAGCCACAGAGUUAUAAAAUAUGGAAGCAUGUUCUCAUAUCAUUUAGAACAUGAUGAAUCCAUAUUUUACUGUGGAAAGCUGUUUUAUAGUAUAUUUAAUUUCCACCUCCCUGAUUUAUUACAACACUCUCACAGAAUAACUUGAAAUGCUGUAAAUAUGUUGGUUUUCCUUGUACCUUUGCACCUGAACAAUAUGGAAUGCAAGUUACAAUUCAUGCAGUUCUGAGACCAGUUACACAGUACGCCAUUGUGGCUUAUUUAUUCAGGAAAACAGAAGCCAGAUGCUUUGCAACACUUAAGCUUUUCCAACAAUGUGCACUCUUGCUCCUGAGCUGAUGAAAACAAUGCAUGAAUAUAAAUUUAUAUUAUUUGUAAAAAACAUACAUUUUUUUGAGUUUUACUUUCUUUUCAUCACUGAAGGGAGUUUUCUGUUAUUAUUUCUUUGGUAGAUUGGUUUGGUUUAUUUUUGAAAACUCACUAGAAACAAAAAUUAAUUGUGCAAGACAUCAUUUUUGCUUUGUUGUGGAGUUGCUGUUUCUCUGAACUCUGUAUCUGUGAGUGUGAAUGUUCACAGGCUGAUGUUGUAGGAAUGAUGACGCAUUCAACUAAAGAAAGUCUGGUGGAGGCAUAAACUAUGGGAGCAGGAUGGGAAAGAAGAGAAGAGUUGAAUUAAGAAAAUAUAUGGUAGAAAUCAAGACACUUUUUCUUGCAAAACAAAGCUAAUCUCAGUUUUCUUCCCCUGGGAAUGGGAUGAGGAAUACAUAAUCAUACAAAUAUGUGAUUAUUUUUUGUGCAAUUUAACAAAGUACAGUUAUUUCCAAAUUUUAUAAAGAUCAGAUUAAACCCAAUGGGAAUAAAGCUACUUUGUAAUAUAUAUGCAAGGGUUUCUCUAGCAAGAAAAGUACAAAGUUUCUCUUAACUAGAAAACUAUUUUUAUAAUUUUAACACUGAAAUUUUUUUUGACCUUUCCUUCUUUCACUCCAGGGAAAAGCUGAUAGAUUAUAGUUGUUGGUUGGUUGAUUGGUUUUUGUCAAAACUAUUCGCUUCCCUGCUUGCCCUCUGACUGAACAAGGGGAAGAACCUCAGACUCUAAAUUUCCCUCCCACUCCCUUGCCACAAGGGAUUCUUCCAUUCAGAUUCCAGAGAGGUUUUGUUUCUGCCAUCUGCUUAUUCAUAGCAACUAAUUCUACUAACUCCGCGAAGGAGCUUUGAACGCCUCCAUUUUUGUAGCAUCUGCCUUUCCUUUUUUGUUGUUGUUAGUUAAAUGUAUACACAUGCCUGAGGAUAAAUACUCUCUAUGCCUGUUGAAGACAUGAAUGAACCUGACAUUUAUGUCCCUUUCUAAAUUAGGGACACAGACAAAGACAUUUGUCUUAUAGCAAAGAAUAAUGAUAGCUCUGUCCUUGAGAAUUCUCUUUCUGAGUUAUUUUUAUAUAACCAUAUUGAUUACUAAAGAGAAAAACAUGAAAAGAGAAAGGUGUUUUUAAUAAAAAAUUACAAUACAUUGAUUUAGAAAAUGCUUUCUCUGAUAUUUUUUGAAACCAAUGGAAAAAUAGAGAAACAAUGAAAAAAUUAUCUGAAAUUUUCCUUUUGUGAAACAAUGCAGUAGAAUCUAGCUAUGCCUUCCUCAUUGUUGACAUCAAAAUAUUGACAGCCCCUCAUGGGUAUAUCAGUUUUAGAAGACUCUGCUUUAAUUGAGAGAAAUGUUUUAUAUCAUGGUUUUCAAAUGAAUACAAAUUAUUUCUCAAAGAUUUAUACGACACACACUAUUCUCAGGAAAUCUGUAUUACAUGAAUGCUGCUUAUAUAUUUUCUUAUUCUAAAUUGUUGUCUUUUCAAACAAAUAAAUAUAUAUAUGUGCAUGCAGUCAGCCUUGACAAGUUGCACAAAGCUGAAGCAUUUUCAUAGUACAGUAUGUGGGAAAUCGCUCUAGGUCAUAGCUGAAAUAGUUUGCAGUUGUCUGAGUCUGUGCACGCACUUUGAGAUAAAACGCUCCUGAGUGACUGCAUGAUGAGAUACAACUUCUGAAUGCUGCACAUUCUUCCAGAAUGACUCUUAUCUGUUGUAUAAUGCAAUGAAAAGGAAUCUUUUUCACUCAAUAAAUUUUCAUGUGAUAUGGUAUUUUUUCCUGUAAUCUGCAUGUUAAAUUUAAUCCUGCUUGUUUUUUAAAUAUUAAGUUGGGAUUUGUUGAGCGUGUAUGGGGAGAGGGGAUUGCUCACUCUUUAGCUCUCCAAGGCAAUAGUUUCGUAUUCUUGUGGGCCCUUCCCCACUCUUGAAAAGUUUUGACUCUGUGUCUUCCGAUAAGCUCAUUGUCAUCAUCAAGGCAUUUGCACAUGAAAGUGCAGGUGGAGUAUCACAUUGAUCCUAAUAAUGCUUUGUGUUAGCAAAGUUGGGGGAGGAAGCUUGAUCAGUUCUUCUGUCACACAGCAUUUUCUUUUUUCACACUUUUGCUGGCUCUAUCAAUCACCAUCAAAAUCUCCCUGGAACAGGAAUUUUAGCAGAUAUAAUUCAUGCCAAGGAAAGAGGACAUAUUGGGCCAACUAUCAAUAUGAGGCUACCAAAUUGCCCAUUUUUUUCUCAACUUGAUGGUCAAAAUUGAAAAUCCAGGUUGUGUAGAGUUGCUUAACUGAUAAGGCUGAAUUGAUUAGUCUGUCAACUGGGGACAGGGAGACGUAGACCCAGGGUGUGUUUGUGUGUAUGUGUGUGUGUGUGUGUGUGUGUGUGUGUGUGUGUGUGUGUGUAUGCAUCCAUACACAUGACUAGGAAUUCUUUUUAUUAUGUAAGAACCGGUGAACACUUAUUCUCUGUGAGAUACGCCCAACUCAGUCCUGUUAGAGUCAUCAGAUAUUUUCACUCCAUUUUCCCCCAAAUCACAGUAUUAUACCAAACUCUGGGAAUAGUUGUACAUUUUGUCCAGGGAAUCAGUUAACAUCUUAUGUCCUUCCUGUUAUCCUCAGUAGGUGAAAAGAAAACAUUUUAGGAAUGGCCUAGAAAACUCAACUUCUGAUGGAAAUGUGAGCAUUCCCCUACAGACAUUCCUGUUCAAAAUGAAAUGUGCCAACAAAACAUAGUCCAAAGGGAAAAUUGAUUGGGCUUUAGCUUGAAUCAUUGAUCAGCUUAGGUUCUUGCUAGCUAGGAUUUACAUACUUGUAGUGGUGUUAAGUUACCUUCAAGAGUACUUGCUAUCUGGGUUCAUCUCAGAAACCACACCCACGACCACAUUUGAUGGUUUUCUUUCUGGAGAACGCAUAUAUUAGAGCCACUGCAUCCUAGCCACAUUCACAUUAAGGUAUCUUUUUCAAGAAAGUAAAAUAAAGCAGACAGAUUGGGAGAGGAGACUCAUUGUUUGAGACCAGAUCCAAUUUCUUGGACCAUCAAAAUCUACCAUCAGGGAGAAGAAGCCUAUACAUCCUACCUUACAACUUUAUGACUACCAAUGUGUGCUCCAACACAUUUUCCCUAGAAAAAAACUACUGUUCCAUGUACAACUAUCCCAAAGUGGGAGCCUUGUACACUAGACAGUCAGCUAGGUCGAUUCUGCUUUCCCUCUUUCCCUAAGAAGGAAGGGGAUGAGAUUUUCAGGCAUAUGCUGGCAUUGACUUCUUCAGAAUAUUUAUUUCUAUCUCAGUUCUUACUCUUUCUGUGGGAAAAGCAGUAUCUUUGCUCUGUUUUUCAGAAAGCAAACAUUUCCUAUAUUUAUUAGUUGAAAAAUAAAACGGAAUGAGAUCCAUUUAGAUAUUCCCCACAAGAAUAAUUGUCAUGUGGAUGGCUAGCCCCCCUGUGGUAUUUAAGCUGCCUCAAAACCUUUAUAAUUAUUUUGUCAAUGCCACUCAAUGCUACCAGGUGAACACUUUAGACCAAAUUUAGUAUCUUUUCUAACAAGCAGUGUGAGCAGAUUUUCCCACUGAUUUUGACCCAUUGUAAAUUUUUGAUGCUGUUCUCUAAGUGAGAAGAGGGGGAUUGAGUGGCCAGAAAAUUCUGAUGGCAAAGGUAAUUGUGGAAGCAAUGUUUUGGGGUUGGUGUGUUGGGGCACACAGAGACUUUCCUACCAAAGUAAAAAUGUCUAUUUUGCGGAUUCUUAUUCGGUAUCUGCAGUCAGCACACCCUGCCUUCUUUCUGACUGAGAAACAAUUGCAAUUUAGUUAAUCUUUUAACGUGAAGAAGAAAUGAAAGGUUUUUGUCUUGUUUUUCUUUUUCUUGUCUAUUUUAGAAGCUAAAUCUAGUAAGCUUAGAUUUCAGUGACAACUCUAGCCAAAGAAUAAACGUCUCAAUUUUCAGUGUUGAAGAUGAAAACGCACUUAAAAUAAGUGCAAAAUUUUAUCUUCCUAGGAUGGGUGGUUAUUGGCCUCUAUAUUGUAAUUUUCAAGUAGGAAAGAACUAUUAGAGUCCUUGAAGACUAGAGUAAUUGAAGAGGGAAUUUGGGGAAGGCCAGAAGAGACAGACUGGAUUUCUCCAAGUGUUUUCAUUCUCAAUAUGAGAAAUUAUGUUGCAACCAUAUAUUUAGCCAGACGAUUAUAUAAAUAUUGAGUUUUUUCCUUUUACUCUCAAUAUAUCCUCUGAAAAUCUUAAAAAUAUGAAUCUUAACAAUGCCGAUUGUUAAUCAUUAAAAACAUUCUUUCCAAACUCUCAUAAGAAAUUUUAAAGCCAAUUUAAGGAAGCUCUUUGCUUUGUUGAAAUCAACUGAAUCAAUUUUUUAGAUGGUGUCUUCGUCAACAUUAUUGAAAGAACUGAACAAUAAAGAUUCAUAAACCUUUAUAAUGUAGAUUCUGAAUCAGUCAAUAACAUGGUCUGAUUGCUCAGUUCUCUACAAAUUCUGCCUGACUGUAUUAUACUGUUACAAAUAAGCAGUUUCGGGAUUGAUCAUUAAUUUUCUUACAUGGAAGUUACAUUAGGGGGCAUGAAAUCAAUACACUACAUGAAAUUAUUCUUAGCUUUUCAAAUGUGUCAAAGCAGACUCUAUAAUUAGGAACUGUGUGUUAUGAAUACCUGUGUACACACUUGCUAUAACAUUUUUAAAAACCGGAUGAAUGGUUGUUUCUGGAAAUUCCUGAGGACAAAUAGGUCAAGUCCAUAAAUGAUAUCACCAUUGUAUAUUGCUUUUCUUGAUAUAUAGUAACCUAUUGUAUUGUCAUAAAAUCUUCUUAAUGUUUACUUGUGUGUGUGUGUGUGUGUGUGUGUGUGAAGCCCUGGGUAGCCCAAAUGUUAUAGACAUUAUCGAAAACACUGAAAAAGAUGUCAUGUUAUAUAACAAGAUGUCAUGUUAUAUAACAAUAUGUCAACCUUAUUUUGACAUAUGUUUACUUGGUCACUUGGUAGACCUGCCUUUAGGUCUACCUGCCUGACUUGGUCACUUGGUAGACCUGCCUGACUUUAGGGAAAAUAAGUAUUUUGCACCCCACUCCUGACCCUGUAGAGAAUAUUCACAUUAAUCACUUGAAUGCACUUCAAUCUGCACUUAUUUUUAAAAGAAAUAAUUAAAAUAAUUAUAUAUCUAUAAUUAUUCUAUAGGCAUUUUUCUAAAAUUAACUAGUUAUAUAAAUAUAGUAUUAAAUUUAGUGGUACUCCAGGGCUCUAUGAGAAAACUGCAUACAAUUUUGGAAAUACAAAAAUAUCAUCUUAAAUUUCCUGUUGAUGCUCAGAAAUAUCAUUAUCAACUAAUAUUUCCCAUUAUAGAGUAGGAUUAUUUUUCUAAUUUGUCAUGAGAGUAUAGUGAGAGAGCCACUGAUAUACUGACAUCCCAAGUAAGGGCCAUUUUGUGAUUAAGUAGCCAAACAUUUAUAACCUUACAUCUGUCUUGUGAAGAUAGCUUGAUAUUUCAAAUACCAAAAGUGCAGUAAAAGAAAGUUGGGCUUAUGAGAGUUUGUUAUUCACACAGGUGUUUACAAAUCUAGAUUGGUUUGGUCAGGAGAUUGGAAUGGAGGAGGAAAUAAUGGCAUUAACUCUUUCCAAGAAUUACAAUAAAAAUAACCCAUUAGGUGAUUUACAAUCAAUUACUAGUUACGCUUGCUUAAUUUAAUUUUUUGUAUCAUUUUAAUAUACAUCAUUGGUAAUAUCAGUUAAAUUUUAUUUGUUUGAAAAUAGGUUAUAUCAAUACUUCAAGGUUAUUAAUGCUGAAUAAAAGAGGUUAACUCUACAGAAAACUUAUUUACCUUACAAUAUUGAGAUUGAGCCAUGAGAUUUCUAAACAGACAAAUGUACAGAAGGAGAGCUCAACUGUCUAGUAUUUUAAAAGAAUUUAUUUCUAAAAGAACAAUUAAAGGGAGACUCCUCUGUGUUUUCUAUUUUCUGAUCUGAUCUUUGCAAUAAUGUUUAAUUAAGAUUGUAAUACCAUAAAAAUAUUUCAAUAAUACUCUCUUUGAAAUACUGUUCUCAAAGCCCCCGGUCUGUGGUUUAUUUGUUUUUAUCUUUAGAAAGAAAUGGUAUAACCAUAUAAAAUCACAAAACAAUGAAAUUUAUAUUAAAGAAAAUUUAUUUGAAUUAAACAAAGGGAAAAGUCCUCCCCCUUCCAUUGUUGUUUAGAGAAUCACAGUUGCCAUUACCUGUGCAUUGAGUGGCAAACUUGGGUUGAGAUGCUGUUUACUUAUCAAGGUUUACAUUUAUAAAUGUAGUACUUAAAUCAUAGAUAUGAAUAUUGCACUUUUCAGUAAUAAAACUUGUCUAUCUUUAUAACAGUAGUUUUUUUUUCGAGAAUUUAAGAUCUUUAGAAAAUUACUCUCUGGAAAAUCAUAUUUUAUUUAAACUCAGCAUUAAAAGAGCUACUGUUUGAAAAUA